AUGCUUCGUUCUCUCCAAGGAUCCGCGCCGGCCCACACUUCGCUCCAGCGCGCCAAACAAGAGCCAGAUAACGCCUCGCACGUCGACGCCACUAGCCAGCUCAACGCUAGCCAAUUGCUCCUUUGGUCCGCCUCCGACCUCUCGGGCCUGUCCACAUCUACCUUCGAACUCGACGACGCUACGCCCAAGGCCGGUUCUCACCUAUUCCUUGAAAACAUCUCGACCCACUCGUGUGCCGAUCUGCUUCAACUUGGCGGCCUCUCCUCGCUCGACCCGGACCUCGCUAGCCCCUCUGCUCCCCCUUCGGCUGCCACCACCGCCGACGGCUUGGACACUAACGUUUUUGCCUCUUCCAACAACAACUCGGGUUGCCAGUCGUCGCCAGCCAUGAGCGCCAGCAGUAAUUACAACCUCGAGACGCCCUCUCUCCACCAGGUGUCGGCGCUCUCCGCGCCUUUUGGCACCUCGUCGCCCACCAUUGGCAGCGUAGGCACCGCCGACGAGAACAGCGCCAAGACGUCGCCAUCCCAGCACGAGCAGGGCUGGUACCAUGCCAGCUCGCACGACAGGAAGCUUGGCUUUGACGGCCCCGUCGAGGCCAGCUCGACCUUCCAGGCUCCGUACCCGCACAAGAGCACCGCAGCGACGGGUGGCUACCAGGCCCAACUGCCUCAACCGCAGGCUCACCACAACGACCACGACUACUACGCCCACAGUGCAGGUGCACAUGCAGGCGUGCCGCAGUACUUCCAGCAUCGUGCGUCCAUCUCGGGUCCCUUGAUGGACGCGGCGUCCUAUGCGGAACGCUACGAGAGCUCCGUGGCAGCACAUGCGCCUCCGCGGGUGCACGGUCUUGCCGCCUGGGAAAACGCCUCGGGCUCUGCUCGUCCGCACACUGCCGAUGGCAUGUUUGGUCAUUUCAACGUGACUCCGGCCGGCGUCGCUGCGCACGACACAGCGCCAGGAGGGAUGGUACUCGGCAACGCUGCGGGCGGAUCCAGCUCCAGCUCGCGACUCCACACGCCUGCUGCUGCUCACUCUGCGCACAUGGACGACUACCACUCGCACCGACGCAUGUCGAUGCCCGACCCCAGCGGCUCGGCCAACGGCAAGGUGUUUUCCUACAUGGCCUCGGGCGAAGAUGGCGGGGCCUUGUCGUCGUCCUCCUCGGGCCUCAGCAUGGGCUCGCAGGGCUUUGGUGGCCACUACUUUGGCGGCGGCUACGGCGGCGGCGGGGCAAGCAAGAAGCGUCCUCGACGUCGCUACGACGAGAUCGAGCGCCUCUACCCGUGCAGCUGGCCUGGAUGCACCAAGAGCUACGGCACGCUCAACCACUUGAAUGCGCACGUCGCCAUGCAGAAGCACGGGCCCAAGCGCUCGCCCGGCGAGUUCAAGGACAUGCGCAAGGCGUGGCGCAAACAGAAGAAGGAGGAGGAGCAGCAACGCCAGUCGCGCCACGUCAGCCUGACCGACCAAGCGCUGCGCCCCAGUUUCGGGGGCAGCUCGAGCUAUACGAGCGCGCCCUCGGCGAGUCUGGUCGGCAGCAGCGCUUCCGGCAACAACGCGGCGAUCGCACCGCCUCCCGCCCUGAGCGGAUUCGGAGGAGGCCAGCACGCCAGCGGUGGCGGUGGCGCCGGCAGCAGUCUGCCUGGCAUCGCGCAGCUGCCCGGCUCGCUGGCCCAUCUGCACCGCUACAGCAUGUCGGCCGCUCCUCCCAGCAAUGCCACAGCGGCGCAACAGCAGCAACCGUUGUAUUUCAGCAGCGGCGCCUCUACCGCUGCUGGUGGUGGUGGUGCCGACACGGCUUCGCACCAAUACCACAGCGGCCAGUCGUACAGCGCCAAUGCUACCCCGCUGCAGUACGGCGCAGGCAACAGCGACAGCAGCCGCCUCCCCUAUGCGCACCACUCGAGCAUCGGCGCCUACCUCGCCGCGCAUCGGGGCAGCAUCUAA